AUGAUACUUAUCGUGCAAUCCGCCGAGGGUCUCCAGAGCAGUGGAGUGGAUGGAAUCACGCUGUUUUCUCCAGUUCUCCUCAACAAUGAUGUUUGCGUGCAGGACCUGGUUCGCGAGACAGGUGAAAUUCUGUCCAUAUCCAACUGUAUUCAUUAAUGCAGUAUUUACCUUGGCUGAUGCUGUCUUACCGUGUUAUCGCCUGCGGGACUGCAUUGGAAGCCUCAUUUAGGAGAUGACGGAACGGAGGUUCGUCCAUCAGUCGUCAGCACACAUCGCUGUGGCCAGUAGCACGAGGCGCUAGUUACGCCUCCAAACGAGGAUGCAGCUCAUCGGCUGCCGGAGACGCGAGUGAAUGUACAUCCACGUCGUCUUCUCUCGGUUCGAUAGGCGGGGACUGGUGUUGGCCAGAAGACGACUGUAUUCCGUCUGUCAGGCCUGGCAGACGGCCACGAUGGACGUCGACGCUUGCCACGGUCGAUGCGUCACCAUAGAAGGUCUAUCAAUUUUACUGACUAUCAGGUUAUUUCUCGAUCUUGGGUAUCCAUCAUCGAAAUGUUGUCUGCUGCGUGGUUGACUGAAAGCAGGGAUUGGUUACGUCUAUAGUUAAGCCGACUGGAUCUCGUAAAGACUCACCUAGUACGCGCUUCAGCUGGUCAUGACUUUUCAAGAAUGCAGUCCUAGAAAUGCUCCGAUUCUAAUAAAUGAAGAGCAAGUUUUGACACUUUAAUCCUUUAUAACAGUUUUGGGUGAGAAUGUCACGAUGAGUUCCAACUAGGAGCACGCUGCUGCUGGGUAAGGUACCGUACACUAAUCUGGACAAUUUGCUUUUGAAUCAAGCAUGCCUUCUUUAAAACCCAUAGGAGUAUGCAGGGGUUCUGAUUUUUUGGGGUUUCUGCAGCCAAACCAGCUCUGCGUAUAACAAUUUACAGGGUCGUGGUGAUCUAAAAAAUGUUUAGUUGGUAUAGCGGCGUGAAUCUCGUAUUUCAUGCUGAAGGCGUCCAGAGAGGCUUGAAGUGUGUUUUCUGUUGGCAGGGUCGCCAGUGCCAUGUGCCUGCAUGGGGUGAAGUAAUGGUGAGCUGUAGUGUCCGAAAACCCAGCGAUCUGCGAUCAUUUGUCUUGGGUCUCAGGGUGCGCACUAUGGUGUGGUUCACUCAAUUCAGUUUCCCUAUUGACAAGAGGAAUGAGAUUAGCGCAACGGUUCGCAAAUGAACCCACGUUGCCAGUUUAUUUGAAACCGAAGUGAAGAAAACCACCCUUUGCACAAUAACAGUGAAUGACCGAUCGCAUGAAAUGCUGGCCGAAAUCCUGAAAUGUGUUUUCGAUUUGGAAGGAUUACUUAGGUGGGGUUGUAAUAAAGAUGACCAUGCGACCUCAUCCAGUAAUAUUUCGGACUUGCCGGGAUGUCGGCUUUUGAAUGCACUUCUUUUCGACUUCCUGUAAAAACCGUACAUGGCUGCCGUACAUGGCUGCCGUACAUGACUACUUAAGUAGCAUGUACUUCUCACCCUAGUUUUCGAUAAUCUUAUAAAUUAAAAUAUAGUUUGUAGAAACCAUGCAUAAAAUGUGCUUUCUUCUACUCAUUUAAUGGAAAAUCAUGUGGACUUUACAGUUUAUGCUUGAAGACAGGGCAUAUUUAGGUUUUAAAAAGUUUUCAAUUUCCGAAUUAUUUAAAGCCAGAUCCGUCGUUGCAUUUGCGUUUGGCGAUGUCAUUCUACGAGGCGCAUGCUUUCCUCAAAAGAAAAAUAAUUCAUUCCUCUAUGCCUUGAAGAAAAUACCAUUUAGCGUUCACGAAAUUUUGCAAUGAGUGCGGACUUUGUUGUACAUUAGCAAUUGUAAACAGACAGGUACUAUGAUGUAUGAAUGCACAUUGCGCGGUCUUAAAAAUCAUAUAAUUAAAAACUUCUUUAAGACCUUAAUAUACCCGUCUUUAAACAUAAAAUGUAAGUUCGACGUGAUUUUCCAUCAAAUGAGUAAAAGAAAGCGCAUUUUAUGCAUGGUUUCUAUAAACUAUAUUUUAAUUCAUAAUAUUAUCCAAAAUCAGGGUAAGAAGUGCAUGCUACUUAAAUAGUCAUGUUCAGCAGCCAUGUACGGUUUCUAAAGGAAGUCAAAAAGAAGCGCAUUCAAAAGCCGACAUCCCGGCAAGUCCGAAAUAUUACUGGAUUAUGUCACAUGGUCACCAGUAUUACGACCCCACCUAAGUAAUCCUUCCAAAUCGAAAACGCAUUUCAGGAUUUCGGCACAUUUUUUGCAUGGUUUAUAUAAAAUCUAUUUGAAUUUACAAGACUAUCGAAAAUCAGGGUGAGAAGGGCAUGCUACUUAAGUAGUCACUCUUUACCAUGUACGGUUUCUACAGAAAGUCGAAAAGAAGUGCAUUCAAAAGUCGACAUCCUUCCGAGUCUGAAAUGUUAUAGGUUUAAGCCGCAAGAUAAUCAGUAUUACAUAUCCGUCUAAGUAAUCUUUCCUAAUCGAAAACGCAUUUCCGAAUUUCGACCAACAUUUCAUGAGAUCGGUCACUUGCUAUGACCGUUAGGCACACCUUUUUAGCUCGUCAGCUAAAUAGUUUUAUCUUGACCAGUCAAUCAGUUAUCCAGUUUCAAUUCGAAUUCUCGUUCUGCCUGUGGGGUUUUUCAAUUCUAUGACAUGUACGGAUGUCACCUGCAGUCGGGCCUGGAUAGCGCACUGGACGCAGUACAGUCUUGAAAUCAUAAUAUCCCGAACAAAUGCCUAUUUUAAAAGGCAGAGGGAAUCAUUUACUGUUGAGUAUUUCAUACACAUUGAGUUCUCCUUUUCCUGCCUACGCACUGCACGAUUCGCAAAUAGAGGCUGAUGCUAGGAAAUGUUCGGAUUGUUUAAUUUACCGAAUGGAAAAGUCCAUUGGGAUUGAUAAUGUCUAUGUACAUUGCAGAGUUUCCAGAAGAAAUAUUGGAUCAAACAAAGAAGUGCACUUCUUGCUUUGGCACAGCUUUAGGCCCUUCAAGCCCACGUAAAUAAAAAGAUUGCCCCUAAAAGGGGCCACGUAGGAGAUGUGGUGGACAAGCAUGACGAACAGAUUAGGAAGCGACACACGUUAACGGGACAAAAAUGUCGCGCACAGAUAAUGAGAUUGUAGAUCUGGGUGCAAGUUCACGCCACACCAGCAACUGCAUCCGAUUCCCGGAUCAGAUAGGUGGUCGGUUUUGAGGGUGGAAUAGUACAUGGAGGAAGAAGAGAGUGUGAGGACGAGUCUGACGACUCUGUUACUACGGCAUUCAGCACAUAUUCCUCACUAUAAACCAUUUGAGGAGCUUAUAGCCUAUCAUGGUGCGCUUAAAUCCAGUUGAUGGGUUAACUUGGUCCUCCUCACAAGACGGAGAUGCAGGCUGCAAGGGCUCCUUCUUAAUGCGGCCUCUAUGGCAUUCCACCCCAGAUGAGAUCAGGGCCAUCCUUUUCCAGUUUACGCGAAAACCUACUCCUUUGUACUCAUACCAUGCGUGCGUGGCACACGUCGCUUACUUCUUCCAAUCCCUAUGCUCGACCUCUCUCACGUUCUUCUCGACUCAGUCCUCACACCUAGCUGAGGUGGGCAGGGGAAGAAAGUGUGACAGAUGCAUCGCAAGCCUGCUAUCACUGUAGACAGAUUCGCGCGCAAGCCACCACCAGUCUGUGCGUCACGCGAUGUACAUCGUCGGUAACUCCGGUCGAACUUUCAUUUGUGGGCUGAUGUGUUUUCCACCUCCGUGGAACGAAGCCUGCGUCUUUACCUGAUGCCUAGGGCCACUACCUAAUAACAAAUAAUCUGGAAGCAAUUUGGCAAUGACAAUUCGUCGGUGGGAAUCACCAUUGUGCCUUUGUCAGGUGGCGUUUUGUAUGUUGUCUGGUUGCCUGUUCAGGUUGAGGGAGCUCCUGUUUCUGUGUAUUUCAGCCACAUACACGUUAACAUAAGGCAGGCGUGAUGCUUUUGUUUCCAAACAACCAUCUUUUCGCGAAACAUAACUUUCCUAUGCAGUAUUGAUUUUUUUAUAUAAAAUACAACCAAUAAGCCAUUGGUUGUAAUCCGAUCACGUACAACUGGUGUGGUCACAACGGAAAGAUGUGGGAGCUGAAGGUCCUAGUGAAGCUUCCUCGACAGACAUAUUAAAAGUGUAUGAAUUUACUUUUGAAGCAUCAAAUAACAGUCGAUUUAUCCGAAUCCAAAGUCAUCAUGUUUGUUGAAACACAGUCGAGUUUCGUCAGUAUUAUCGAUCUCAUGUGAAGUCAAACUCCCAAGAAGCGUGGAAAGGCUUGCUGAUUUUUUAUAUUGAGCACUUACAUCGUAAGCACAGUCCUUCUCAGCGUUAUGUUAACGUCCAUAUCCAGCACGAUUUUCCAUUGAUACAUGCAAAUACCUGCUGCUUUAAGGUCCGCAUGGCCCAAUCCUUCAGACAAAUCUCCAGAAUCGGCUCUUGACUCUGAUCCACUAGCAAACUCCCUCGGUCCACUUAGCAGAGGGCUAUAAACUAAGGACUUUGCAAUUUUGCGUCAUUUUUCGUUUUUUCGAUCGCAGUGUGUAAAACCUUUAAAAAACUUAGUAUUUACAUGCAAAUUUAUUACGUACAGCUGUGCAAACAGUCCAAAAAUACCACUAUUGGAAUAGCAUUCGCAUUAGUUUAAGUGGAAUUGUUUUUAAGAUUAUUUCUACCUGGGGCGGACAAGCUAUCUAAGUUGGGUGUCGCGUUAUUGAUUUGCCGUUCGUUGCCCUCCAAGAAAAGCGCACUCCUUGGGAAGUUUGAUCGAAUAUUUGACCACACGAGAACUUGUUUAUUUUGUUACGUGGGCCUUCUCAGCUAGCUGGCGACUAUUGACCUACGCUGUUUGUCUUGUUGUUUGGUCUAAUAAGCAAAUUCUAUUGGUUAUCGCUGCCCCUUCUCCUGGCAUUUUAACCGUAUGCAAGCGGAUAACGUGGUUGUGCGAAUAUACUGACCGAAGUUCAUUUAUAACCAACCCACGGAGACCGAAUUACUGCCCGAUGCAAACCUACGACGACGUCGGCACUGGACGAGGCUGUAGCGACUCAAGAUACACCCCUCCUGAUGCAGCUACUGUCAAGUUCCCCCACUACGUAACAACCAGUCCCUGCUUUGUCUGUCAACGUUUGCACGUUCUGGUCCUUGUCUGCAAGGCCUCAUGAUCGACCUGGUGAAUUGGAUUAGGUAGCGCAGGAGCUAUGUGGACCACUACACUUGAUCGAACUUGCGCCCAUCAGCAGAUUUUCUUCCCCAUCCGCAGUCAAGGCUAUGUCCGCCGGCCUUGUCGCUCUGAUCUCUGACUUAGUACAACCAACUUCCCAGUUAGGCAGAGUAGCUCCGGAUAACAGACUGUGAUAACUGGCCGUUGGACCAAUUCACCUAUCGAAACUACUGCACUGGCAAUGUACCCGAGACCAUCGAAGAUAAAUCUGGAGACCUCAGGAUACCCUGCCACUAAAAAGAGAGUAACCGUAUUACGAUGGGUCUGCUGGAGAUUUUGCAGUUAAUUAAGCUGGGAUGACUGGUAGGUGCUUGGGAAGCAAACUAUUGAUCAGGGUGAACCGUGCAAAGGAUGGAUCCCCUGACUUCGGUGUCAAAACAGUCACCUCUUCACACGCGUCAGUAUCCGCAGGUGCAAAGGCAAAGACGUCAGGAAGAGGAAAACACCUAUACAUCAUUGCGUGAUCCCUAUCAUCCGCCUCUUGUGACGUAAAAGGCUCUGGGGAGACACCUAUCAACAGUGCAGCCGAUGCCAAGCAAGGCCGUGCGCGGACAAGUGUGGCAGGACAGACCUGGGCAGUGUAGCCGCAACUAGUAGCCCCAGCGAAAAUGCGACCAGAAAUGAAUUUUGAGAUACGUCAGCAAUCUACACACCGGUCGUGGCCCAUGCGUCAGGCCGGGAGGAAUGGGAGCCGUCGCCGCGACAAUACCAAUAGAUAGCCUUGUAAUGGUGGAUGGAUUCUCAAAUUGUUUCCCGAGUUUCAAUGAUGGACUAGAAAUUGGCUAGCGAGAUCCAGUUCUCCCCAGAAAAUAACACCUUUAAAACAAUGCUUAAUCAUGAGUAAAAACACGACAGCCCUAUAAAAUGAACACUCUGUAUAUAUAAAGUACAUAAAACAGCAUGAUUUGCACAUGCAAGUGCUAGAAUAGCGCACCAUAACACGCAACAGAGAAGGCUGACACAGACAUGGCAAGGAAAGGGAAUAGUCUUCACAUUAAUUUUUCUUGCAUAAAAUUUUCCACUGAGCAAAUUGUGGAAACCUUAGAGGACUCGGUGGCACUUGAGCCAACGACAACAGGGGAGGGCGUUAAAUGGAGUUGAAACUCUAGUUACCUGAGCAGCGAGGCUUCGAACAAGGGCCUUGAGCUUAACAAUAAUUAGGUUAACUAAAGUUUUGAAAAUCUCUUCAAAUGACUGAUCAUGUAAUAAACACGCUCUGCACCUUGCGCUUCCUCACGCCGCACCGUUGAUAGCCACUGCUCUAGACAGACAAUUCGUCGACGCGGCAAUAUGAAACGUGCUGCCACAACAACCGCCCAUAAUGAAGUCAGUCUCCUCUCAAAGUACCGGGACGAUGAAUGUAAGGUUCUAAAGGCCACUCCAUAUUUUCCCUCGUGUACCAGAGCGGGCAGUCUCGUUUACUUUCCCUAGCGACAGGGGGGGGGAACACGAGGAUAAUUUGACACAAUCGGAAAUUUCAGAAAUGCGUUUCAUGUUUUUAACUCUACUGGGCACAGAGGAGACUCACCUACUAAACCAAUCUGACAUGCAGAUUACUACUACUACUACUACUACUACUACUACUACUACUACUACUACUACUACUACUACUACUACUACUACUACUACUACUACUACUACUACUACCAUCGCCACUACCACUACUUCUAUUAUUACUACCGCCACUACUAA